AUACACACAUACACACAAUAAAAAAAAAAAACACAAAUUAAAUAGUUUUCAAUUCUUGGCUUAAUAGUUUUUAUAGCUCGUCGCUAUGCAAAAUUAACUUCAAUAUAUAAAGUGUUGCAAAAUUUCAAGUCUUUUUUGUUUUGUCCCCUACAAUUCCAUUCCAUAUUCCCCCAAAGAGAGCAUACACAGACACAAACGCCAACAAACAGCAAGAACCCCGAGAACAAGGCAAAGGAGCAACAGCAGCAAGAUGAAUAAAACCUGUGCGCGUUGCCAAAAGAUCGUUUAUCCGAUCGAAGAGCUUAAAUGUCUGGAUAAGACAUGGCACAAGACUUGCUUCAAAUGCACAGAAUGCGGCAUGGCGCUGAACAUGAAAACCUACAAGGGCUACAACAAGAUGCCAUAUUGUGAGGCUCACAUACCGAAAGCCAAGGCAACCGCAAUUGCCGAUACGCCGGAACUGAAGCGCAUUGCCGAAAAUACAAAAAUCCAAUCGAAUGUGAAAUAUCAUGCGGACUUUGAGAAGGCCAAAGGCAAAUUUACACAGGUUGCUGAUGAUCCGGAGACGUUGAGGAUUAAGCAGAACACCAAGCACAUAUCGAAUGUUGCCUAUCAUGGUGAUCUCGAGAAGAAGGCCGCCAUGGAGAAGCAGCGCGGAUCGGCUGAGGUCUCCGACAGCAGCAACGAAUCGGAAUAUUUCUCUGAGCAAUUGGCAGCUGAACAAUUAUCACAAUAUGCACCCACAGCCUCGCCCAUACCGCCAACAACAACAACAACAGCAACACCACUGCAACAGCCACCCCAACAGCAACAUCAACUGCAUUACCAGCAACAGUUGCAGCGUGAUCAGCAACACUAUUUGCAACAGCAACAACAAACACUGCCACCGCCACCCAUACAACACCAGCAAUACAACACGGCGGCCAUAACGCCGACAUAUCAACACCAACAUCAACAGCCGCCGCAACAACAGCAACAGCAAUACAAUCACAGACAGCAACAACAACAACAGCAGCAGCAGCAGCAUCAAUUGCAGCAGCAGCAGCAGCAACAGUCGCUGCAUGAUCCUUAUGCACACUAUCAACAGCCACAGGCGCUGCGCCAGCAACACUUGCUGCAGCAGCAACAGCAACAUGCCAUUAAACAAGCUUCACAUCUGUAUCCCACAGCAUCAUCAUCGUCGUCAUCACCACAGCAGCAGCUGCAGCAGCAGCAGCAACAACCGCAGGCGGUCAACAACUACAAUCAGCUGCGUUCGGCCAUUUUGCACAACUCACAUCAUCCCAGCGGCAAUGCUGCUGAUCUACUCGAAUACCAACAGCAGCAGCAGCAGUUGCAGCAGCAACACUCGCACAGCAGCUUGGUCAACAACAACACGGCUCACAGCGGCAACAGCAGCAGCAGUAAUGGCGGCCUCAACAGUCAACACAACAGCAACCACAGCCACAGCAAUAACAAUGGUGCUCCAGCUCAUCCGCAUCCAGCCAGUCUCAGCUAUCCCCAGCAGCAGCAGCAGUCACGCUCCCAAGCCAGCCUGCAGCAGCAGCACAGCAACAACAGCAUUAACAAGCAGCAACAGUUGCCGCCGCCGAGCAACACCAAUCUGCAGCAGCUCUAUGUGGCAUCCAACUACAGCUCUGUGACGCCCUCCGAGAAUGCGCUGGCUGGCAAACUGCACGCCGGCACCAAUGGCCAUGUGAGCGCACAGCAAAGCAUCAACAAUAUUGGUAAGAUUGCCGACUACGAUCCGUUGACAGACGGGCCACGCCCCAUGCCCAGCACAGGACGCUCCAGCACAACGCUGGUCUACAGCUCGGAUCAGCGUGGCGGCGGCGCAGGCAACAGCGUUUAUCCCAAGCGCAUUGGCUCUGUCUCGGAUAUUGAUCCAGCCAAUGGCAUUUAUGGCUCGCUGAGCAGCGCGGAGCAGGCACAGGCGCAAAAGCAGCAGCAAUAUUAUCAGCAAGUGCAGAUGAUGCAGCAGCAGGAGCAGCAGCAACAGCAACAAAUGCGCCAGCAGCCAUCCUACGAUUCGGUGCAGGAGAAGCAAUCACGCCAAAGCGCAUUGCGCGUCUAUCGUGCCAUUUACGACUACGAGGCACAGGAUGUGGACGAGGUGAGCUUCCGCGAGGGCGAUGUCAUCUUCGAGGUGGAGUCCAUUGACUCGGGCUGGAUGACCGGACGCGUGGAGCGCACCGGCAAGACCGGCAUGCUGCCCGCCAACUAUGUGGAGCAGGCGGUUAUAUAAUAGGGAAUGUGCUACU